GGCAAGCCCAACAGCAGACACACUGCAGACCCUUUUGCUUCGGUAGGAGGUGCUGCCUUGUACAUACCGGAUGGGGGUCCCGAUGCUUCGGCCCACAUCGCCCAGUGCUGUCAGCGUGCUGGUGCCAAAUCCGGCCUGGCUCGAUAUCUUCCGCUCUUGCAGCAUCCGGGAUCUAGGUGCUAGUCUGGCAGUUGACAAGCACUGGCGGACAGUUGUGGACUCUCCAUACGUUUGGGCUGAUGCGUACGAUCGAACGCAGAGGGUGGACGACUCCAGCUCCCCGAUUCGAGAAGGAACGCUGCGGUCCCUCAUUGACCGGCCCUUUGGAGAGGACGCUAUUGGUUGGCAUGUGGCCGUGCUGGCCGAAGACAGCACGGAUGGCGCCGAGCGCUAUUUCACCGGUCACGUGGUCGCCUUUAGCGCGGAGACAGAUACCUACCUGGUGGCUUAUGGAAAUGAAACUCAGCAGCCGACCAUGGUUUGGGAGCAGGAGCGACGCAAGAGGACUGCCGCAAUGAGGCACAACCCAUCACUGGCUGGGAAGAGCCGAUUCAACUUCUUGUCACCUCCACCGCAGUUGUGGUCAGGAAGCAGCUCGUCAACAGCCAGCCCGGGGUCAACUGAGAAGGUCGCCAGACGGUCAGAGCGUUCCUGGAAGGAAGAGCUGAAACACAACGUGCUGGAAGCUCCGACCCGGCUCUUGACCACUCUCAAGGCGCACAGCGACGAGGUCCUCUUCGUGGUGUUCUCGCCUUGCGGCACUCGCCUUGCGAGCUGCGCACGCGACUUGCAGACCAUCAUCUUCAAAGUAUGCUACGAUAGCGAAGCAGGCAGCGAAGAUGAUGAGAGCAUGCAAGACCACGCACAGACUUCACAAAGAGGUCGCAGAAGAAGCAGAUCCACGUCGCACGGCUACCCUCGCUUUGAGCAGGAAGCAGUCUGCCCACAUCAGACAGCACCAGUGAGAGCCAUGUGGUGGCCCAUUCCACCCUACGAGAUGCUUGCUGUGAGCACUGAGGACGCUGGCUUGGGAUGGCAAGCAUCAAAGGUGGAGAUUUGGAAGAUUGGACCGUCUCCUGACGAAGGGCAUCAAGAUUCCGAUGGAUCUGAGUCUCGGAGAGAUCUUGAAGAGUGUCCGCCUGGCUUUAAUGCGCACUGCCUCUUCCAGUGCCACAACCGGCCCUUCGACAUCUAUGCCACCAUCUUCGAGUGGCCGCCCAUGGCACCAUCUAGUGAUGACCCUGAGGAGCCUUACAAGCGCCUUUGCUUCCUGGCAGGGUGGGCUGUGUUGCGGGAGAACGAGCAUUACGUGCAAUGGCUAAACGUUUGGCCUGGCCCGUACCAUCCCAGCUUCCACAAGGCCGCACUGCCCGGUGCCAAUGGCACCCAGAAGCCACUUGCAAGGCUCCGCCUUGAAGGGGAGAUGAACUACUUGCACUGCAUGGAGGUGGGGCCAGCUGACGCCAUGGGCCGGCAGCAAGUCCUCGCCAUGACGGGCAGCACGCCCCAUUUGUGCAAUGAAAUCGGCCUUAUGGAUUUGAGCGGCUUGCAGCGUAGAGGCGAAGGGCCUGAAGGUGCAGAAGGAGAGGCCUCCGCAUUGCCAAAGGUCUACGAUGUGGGUGUCAAGGUCCACUCCCUGGGGGAGCGCGUGGUGCUCAGCGCCAAGUGGAAUGAAGCCGGGAACUUCAUCUUGCUGAACACCAGGCCGUAUGCCCAUGCUGCGUCUCGCAAGUGCGAGCCGCAAACUGCCAGCUUCGAGGAUGUGCUGCUCAGGGCAGUUCCUGACUUGUCAACAAAGAUGGAGCUGUUGCUGUUGGACGCCUCGUCGCUGGACAUCGUGUCCGUCUUUGAUGGCCACUUUGCUUUCACGACCAAGGAGAGCCCUUUCUUGAUCUUUACAGAUGAGUGGGCAAACUCCGACUUCUUGGCCAGUGGCGGCGAGGACCAUCGUGUUUAUGUAUGGCAUCGGCGCCACAAACGGCUUGUGCGCCGGCUCUGUGGUCACACAGAGCCUGUCAACGCUGUGAGUUGGAACGGCAAAGGCUUGUUGGCUUCGUCUUCUGACGACAACUCCGUCAUCAUCUGGGCAGCAGCAGGCGCCCGGAUGGGGUGACAUCAAGGCAGGUUGGUGAUCGCGCCGAGAAAGACUCCUGGUGAUGCUUGGCUCUGGGCAGCAACCAUCGAGCAUGGAUGCGGGGCGGCCCCUGAAAGCCUACUCCGAGC